GGUGAAGCACGGGUUCCGCCUUCGGAGCGUGUUGUUAUUGUGUGUGCAUCUGGUCAGGCGGCAGGAGAGCAGCCGCUCAAGAUGAUGGAGCAUUCAGCGUCAGACUCAGAAACUGAAGAUCAUGUCCAGCCUUUACUACGCCGUAAAAACACCGGAGACCUCCAGAAAGCUCCUGCUUGCUGCUCCUCACGAUACGGGUUGGCCUUCUUGUCCUGUUAUGGCUUCUUUGUGGCGUAUGCCCUCAGGGUGAACCUUAGUGUGGCAAUGGUGGACAUGCUAAAAAACGAUUCCAGUGGCAACAACAGUUCCUCCGUCUGCCCUCACCACAAGAUCCCUGUACCCAAACACAAUCACACUGCCAGUGUGUAUGACUGGGAUUCAGAGACCCAGGGAUGGAUCCUGGGCUCUUUUUUCUAUGGGUAUAUAAUUACUCAGAUACCAGGUGGCUACUUUGCACGCAAAUAUGGUGCCAAGUGGCUCUUUGGUAUUGGCAUCCUCUGCACUGUGAUCUUCACCCUGCUGACUCCAGUAGCCGCUGAUCUGGGAGCUGGUUACCUCAUCGCUGUCAGGGUCUUGGAAGGCAUUGGGGAGGGAGUGUCAUUUCCUGCUAUGCAUGCGAUGUGGGCAUCAUGGGCACCCCCUCUGGAGAGAAGUCGACUGCUCACGAUCUCUUACACAGGUGCUCAGCUGGGAACUGUAGUGGCUCUUCCUUUGUCUGGCCAGAUAUGUUUUUACCUAGACUGGACGUACGUCUUUUAUAUAUUUGGAGCUGUUGGACUUCUUUGGUUUUUCCUUUGGACUUGCUUUGUCAGUAAUAGUCCCAGCGCACACAAAAGGAUAUCGGAGGCCGAGAAGACUUACAUAAUGGCAUCUUUAAAAAAUGAACUGUCCCCAACCAUAGAUUACAUCCCAUGGACAUCAAUCCUUAAAUCUAUGCCAUUAUGGGCCAUAGUUGUGGCACACUUCUCUUACAACUGGACAUUUUACACUCUGCUGACUCUCUUACCCACCUACAUGAAUGAUAUACUCGGAUUCAGCAUCCAGCAGAAUGGAAUGCUCUCAGCUCUGCCCUACCUUGGUUGUUGGUUGCUGGCUUUGCUGGGUGGACAGCUGGCAGACCUCCUGAGAGAGAGAUAUCUUAUCCACACUGUAAUUGUGCGUAAGGCAUUCACUAUAGUAGGAAUGGUGGGACCAGCCAUCUUCCUGGUGGCUGCUGGCUACACUGGAUGCAACUAUGUCUUGGCUGUAGCCUGCCUCUCCAUCUCCUCCUCUCUAGGGGGCAUUUCGGCCUCUGGAUUUAACAUCAACCAUUUGGACAUUGCUCCCUCAUAUGCUGGGAUAUUGCUUGGGAUCACCAACUCAUUUGCCACUAUACCUGGCAUGGUGGGCCCUGUAAUAGCAAGAUCUUUGACCAAAUCUAACACCAUUCCAGAGUGGCAAAUUGUCUUCUACAUCUCCGCAGCGAUCAAUGUAUUUGGAGCUGUUUUCUUCACAAUAUUUGGCAAGGGCACAGUCCAGCCUUGGGCUGUCCAGAGUGUAAACAUCCAGUGAAACCUCUUGUAAAUUCUCUAGAGCUCUUAGCAGUAAUUGCAUAUCGUUUAAUAUAAUGAUAUAUCGCACAAUCCAAUGUUGUUGUUUUUUUAAUCAUGCCAACAAACACAAUGACUUUUGGCAUUUUUUAUUUUAUUUUAUUGGUAAUGUCUGUAUUUGUUAUACAUUUCAGUAGCUUUUUCAGACAAUUUUUAUUAUUUUUAAACAAAGAUGUGAUUAGUGAAGUGAAUCCGACUGAUUCAGCAUUUACUGAAUUAAUCUGAGUUUUAACUUGUUUUGAAGUAUAAAGCUCAUGAGGCCCAUUGUAGCUGCUCUUAACACAGUAAUAAGAACUAUAUCAAUUCUUCUCAUUUGUUAAAUCUGUUCUGUUGAAAACUAAAAUAAUCAUAAUAGUUAAGGAAUUGGAGUCUUUUGAUAUUAAUGUCUUUAUGAAAUAUGCCUUAUUGUAGGCCUAUGAUUAUCACAACAUGCCUUACCCAUACUGAAGCAAGAGGCCUUAAGGGAGAUUAUUGGUGAAAUGGUGUCUGGUUAUUAAGUUUUAGCCUUUUUUGUACACUAGAACUGAUUUAUGUUUACAUUUUAUUUCUUACUGUUUUGUGCAAUAGUUACUUAAUGGAACAAAAUGAAUAAAUCCGUGAAAAUUGUAUGUCGCCUAAUCUGUCAAUUGUAAAGACGCUACAGUACAUGCUUCAUCGCCUGUCAAAUACUUGUAUAUGUAAUAAAAUUAUUGCACUCGUU